AUGAAUAGUUACGAUAAUAACAGUUGUAGUGGACCACGACCACCUGUAUUGGGUGAAGAGAGCCGAGCUAAAAAAAUGACCGAAGAAGUUAUAAACACAUUGAAGAACUCACCUCCAUCUUAUCUAAAUUGGGCCCGGACACUUAACCAUCUGCUCGAGGAUCGCGAUGGCAUGGAGUUGUUCAAGAAGUAUGUCGAAGAGGACGCGCCAGCCUACAAUGAUCAUCUCAAUUUCUACUUUGCAUGCGAGGGUCUGAAGCAGCAAACCGAUGGGGAAAAGGUGAAGCAAAUCAUCGGAGCCAUAUAUCGAUUCUUGCGCAAAAGCCAGCUGCCCGUGCCCGAUGAUUUGCGUACUCAAAUCAAGGCCAUCAAGUCCAAUGAGAUUCCGCUAAAUUCCCACAUCUACGAUGCCAUGCAACAGAAUGUAAAGUCCACCAUACGCGACAAUAUUUAUCCCAGCUUUCUCUGCUCCGAGAUGUACAUACAGUACAUUCAGAAAAUGUCAGCGAUGAAGGAGCACCUCAGCAGCAGCGUCACCACUUUGGACAACACUGAUGGUGGCCCCGCCACGUCUGCCAGUUCAGGUAAUUCAGCAAGUGCUGCCAACACACUGCCACGUAGCUCAACGUUGCCCACGCUGCAUGAGGACUCGACACUUUCGCUUUGCGAUAAUUUAGACAAUGUAAAAGCAGAAAAUGAACGUGCCCAAAACGAUGUCCCUAUGCGCCUCACGCGCGAUCUUCUGAUGGCCACUCAGAAAAGAAGACUGGAAAUUAGACCACCUGGAGCACAUGGUUAUGUGUAUACUGCGACCACGAACACAUCCUUUGUGCCCAAUUCCCGCAUCGAUUCGGAAAGGGCAAGUGUUAGCUCUGGCGGUUACACUGACUCUGACACCAUGUCGUUGUCCAGUUGUUCAAUGGAUGGCCGACCUUACAGUGAACGCAGAAAUAAAUUGCAUGCUAGUAAGGCCAUACGUCAGAGCGUCAUAGCGAAUAAGGAAACCAACUCGCUUCAGGUUAUACCGCGCACGCAACGAUUACAUUCAAACGAGCACAGACCACUGAAGGAGACAGAGCUUGUAGCCUUGUUGAUUCCCAAACUGGAGGAGGUGAAACGCAAACGCGAUUUUGAGGAACGUGCGCGCUUGGAUCGAAUGCCCGCAGCUACAAAAGAUACUGAUAAUACAUUUGCGGAGGCGUUGCGGGAGAAGCUUGCAGCCGAUGAAGACAACGACCAAGACAUACUGGACCAGCAUGUGUCGCGAGUGUGGAAUGACCAGACACCCCGUCGCUCACCUGGCACAAUGUCACCCUGCCCGCCUAUACCUUCGAGAAGACGCACGGUCACCCAUGAUUCGAGUGUGGUCAGUGAUUGUGCCAUAAGUCUGAGUGGUCACUCAACAAAGUCCUUGCCCGAUUCCAAUUCCUGUUCUAGGAAGCUAAUGAACAAAUGGCCUUCAAUGAACACAGAUAGCGGCAUCAGCAUGCUCUCAGCUGAUGCGGCUCUAAAAUGCACCGAGAGCACUCGCUCUGCUGCAAGCACAAGCUUAAAAUUGGAAGACGCAAAACGGAAACUAGAAGAUGAGACGCGCACUGCUCGUCGUUCUGUUCAACAACAACCCACUCUGCAUCAGCCGGCCGUUGUCAAUCCACCUUCACUGCCAAUAAAACCAUCGGGAACCGUUGUUGUAUUCCAAUUUUGCGAGGAGCCAGUUCCUUACAGAAUAAAAAUACCAUGCGCUCAGCCGACGUUGCGCCAAUUUAAGGAGUACCUACCCAGAAGGGGACAUUUUAGAUACUUUUUCAAGACGCAUUGUGAUGAUCCAGACAGUCCAGUGAUUCAAGAAGAGAUUGUUGAUGACUUUCACAGUCUUCCUUUGUUUGGAGAUAAAGUAAUGGGUCUCGUAAAACCAUUUGAAUAA